GACCAUGACAUAAAUCAAGCCCAAAGUUAAAGGUACUUGGCAGUUAUCAACAAAACCCUAAACCCUCUAUCCCACUCUGUAACUCUCUGCACUCAUCCAUGGCAACGCAAUCGUUAGACGAAGAAACAACUAAGAAAGUGAUACGACAAGUGGAGUUUUAUUUCAGCGACAGCAACCUUCUCACCGAUGGUUUUAUGAGGAAGAAUAUCACUGAAAGCGAAGAUGGAUUGAUUAGUUUGGCUCUGAUUUGCUCUUUUAAUCGGAUGCGUACGCACCUUAGUUUGGGUGAUGUGAAGCUCGAAGAAGUGCCCGAAGAUAUCGUGAAUGCUGUUGCCCAAACUUUGAGAAAUUCGGCUUCACUCAAGGUCUCUGAAGAUGGGAAAAAAGUUGGCAGAACAACAGAACUUCCGAGACCAGAAGUGGUUGAGCAGGUGGAGAUAAGAACACUUGCUGUAUCACCAUUUGAAUAUGAUCUGAAACUUGAAGAUGUGGAGAAAUUCUUUGGUCAAUAUGCUAAGGUUAAUAGUGUUCGGCUUCCCCCUCAUGUUGGAGACAAAAGGUUCUUCUGUGGCACUGCCCUUGUUGAAUUCUCAUCAGAUGAAGAAGUAGAAAAGGUUAUGAAAGAGAAAUUGGUGUAUGGCGGGGCUGAGUUAGAAUUAAAACUCAAGAAGGACUUUGAUGCAGAGAGGGAAAAAGAAUUAGAAGAUUUUAAAAAAUCUCGUCCACCUUUGGGUUCAAAUCACCAGAAUAACUCAAAGGAAGAAGAAGAAAGCUACCCUAAAGGCUUAAUUAUUGCCUUCAAACUAAAGAGUAUUUCAGAUGACAUUCCUUCAGACCAAAGCGUUGCUGAUCAAAAUAAUAGCCCUGUCCCCAAAACAGGUGAAAAGCCUGAAAUUGCUGCUGGAGAAAAUGACCGAAAGGUAGAUGAAGAAAGCAAUGAGACAAAAGAAGCAAAGGAAACUGGAAGUCAAAACAACAAUGAGGUGAAAGAAGCAAAGGAAACUGGAAGUGAAGACAACAAUGAGAUGAGAGAAGCCAAGGAAACUGGAAGUCAGGACAACAAUGAGAUGGAAGAAGAAAAGGAAACUGAAAGCAAAGAAAAUAAUGAAACAAAAGAAAAUGAAAGCCCAGAAAAGAAGCCACAAACUGGUGAAAAAUUUUCUGCCGCUGCUUACAAGGACAACAUGGAUGUAGUCUCACGUGAGGAUUUAAAGAGUGUCUUCGAAAAAUUUGGUACAGUGAAGUACAUCGAUUUCAAGAUUGGAGAAGUGUCAGGAUAUAUCCGAUUUGAAGAAACGGAAGCUUCUAUGAAAGCUCGUGCUGCUGCAGUUAUUUCAGAAAAGUGCGGUUUGGUGGUAAAGAAUUUCAUUGCUAUUUUAGAUCCACUGACUGGUGAUGCCGAAAAAGAAUACUGGAGCCGUCUUCGUGGUAGUCAAGGCAAGCACCGACAAUUUAUGAAUAAGCAGGGAAGGGGAGGAUGGCAUGGUAGAGGGAGCAAACAUGCACGCUCUAGAGAGAAUGGUUCUACAUUUGGUCGCGCAAAUAAGGCUAAGAAAAUUGGUGCUGCAUAAUUUCCAUAUCAACCAGCAAGGUCCCCAACCAGCUUACUGCUUCUUGAAUUCUCCGUUAAUAUACUAAGUUUUGUUUUUAUGGUUCUUCGUUGUAACAUGGUAACAUGAUCAUUACUUGCCAUAUUUCUUUAUAAUCACAUGCCUUAUAUA